CGUUUCCCUGUGUGUGCUGCAGGAGCAGGUUAACCAUGUACUCACCACGAAGCUGCUAACAUGCCAGCUUUCUGUUGCAUGGUUUGGUGCUUUCCACUACUGUGUUUUCCUAUAGCGAUAGCCGACCCUGUGCCUGAUGAGCAGUCCCGUCUCAGUCCGUGCAGUGGCAGCUCCAGUAGUUCUUGCAGGCACCGUGCACUCCAUGCAAGUAGCACAGAUGGACAGCUACUCCACUAUGCCAACAACACCCACAUAGAAGAGGACAACAACUUCUUCUGGUUCAUCAAGAAAUACCACAGGAAAUACCAACCUGGGAGCCAGAUAUUUCAGGAGAAAUACCAACUAUACUUGAAAAGCUUAGAAAGACACAAGUAUCUGAACAGUUUUGCUUACUCUUCAAGUACGUCCAUGGACGCACAUUAUGGAAUUAAUCAGUUUUCGGACUUACCAGUUGACGAGUUCAUUAGUACUUAUUUGAAAAGCUACCCAAGGAGGUAUCAGACUUACGUUAAGACUAUUAAGUCUUCUACAUCAGAAGGUUCCUUACCAUUGAGGUUUGACUGGAGAGACAAAAAUGUUGUUAUGAGAGUGAAGAAUCAAAUGAAUUGUGGCGCCUGUUGGGCCUUUAGUGUAGUCGGGGCAGUGGAAUCUGCUUAUGCAAUCAAAGGACAUCAACCUUUGGAACUCAGUGUACAGCAGGUCAUUGACUGUUCCUAUAUGGACGGAGGCUGCAACGGUGGAUCUACUGUCAGUGCUUUAAAAUGGUUAAACCAGACCCAGACAAAACUAGUGCACGCAUCAGAAUAUGCGUUCAAGGCAAAAGAUGGAUUCUGUCAUUAUUUUCCCUGCACUGAAUUUGGAGUUUCAAUAAAAGGAUAUGAAGCAUAUGACUUCAGUUAUUGUGAAGAGGAAAUGAUGAAGAACCUCAUUAAUUUUGGGCCUUUGGCUGUAAUAGUCGAUGCAGUCAGUUGGCAGGAUUACCUUGGCGGUGUAAUACAGCACCACUGUUCCAGUGGACAUCCAAAUCAUGCAGUACUCGUGAUUGGUUAUGAUAAAACAGGUGACAUUCCUUACUGGAUAGUGCAAAACUCUUGGGGUACAUUAUGGGGAGCUGAGGGAUAUGUGUUUAUUAAAAUGGGUGAAAAUAUAUGUGGGAUCGCCGAUUUUGUGUCCUUUCCGCUGAUGUAAUGACAUUAUGAACUAACCAUCAUACAAGAUUCAGCUUGAGUACCCAAGAGGAAGAAUCAUCAGACAUUUUCAUCUGACAUUGUGUUUAUUGCAAAAGUUAAUGAGGUUUGAGUGAUUCUCUAAAAUCCAAAUUUUUUUAUAUUUUUUAUAUAUCAGUUUAUUAUUUGUUUUAUAUAU